UUCUAGUGUCACGUAUCAAAUUAUUCCACAUCAGUCGGUAAAAUGUCCGCAUGCAUCUGAUUCUUCUCUAUGCUAAUAUAAUAGUCACUAGCGAAUGAUUUAUAAAGGUGACCGUGUUUUGAGAACUUUUGCUUUUGAAUCCCACACUAUGGGUGUUCUUUAUCUGGUAACUAGCUUUCUGGAUCCAAAGUAGAUAAUUAAAGUAUUGUAAUAUUCGUUCUCGGGGUUCAGAGAUAUAUAAACUUGUAAGCCUUUAUGCAUCGUAUACAGUUUGAACAGUAAGAUGCCUAAUUCUUUAGGACGACUCAAUUAAUGUAACUCGUUUACCAAAUAUAGGUCGUUGUGUUCGACCGCACAUUUUUGAUUCACUUGUAACCGACUAUCUUAUCAUAUAUAUGUAUGUAUUCUGGCAUUUAUAUGGUACGUUUUAUUUAUUUGAACACAUAAACAUUGAUACAGGGAAGCACCAAAUAAUGCCCAGAUGCCUAAACCGAAGCAGGGAGAGUGAGAAUGAAACUCAAUAAAUACAUGUUCCAUCGUUUACUAACUCCAACUAUACCUACCAAAUUGGAGAGAAUUUGAUAAUAAUAAUAAUAAUAAUAAUAAUAAUAAUGUCAGAGUAAUAAUUGAGCUGAAACAAACUAUACAUUAUCUCAGACAAACAACUGUGCUAUCGAUGAAAAUGCUGGCCAUAUAUACACUGAAAAAGUCAAGAAUGUACAACUGCAGAAUAACAUAACACGGAAAAAUUGAAUCACAUUUUUACGUAUUGGGUGUUCUCUAUCUCAUCAAAUCCCCAUUGCUAUGUAUUUAACGCUCCCUUGUAGUAAUGAUUGUGUUCAAAUAAAUAAAACAAGUCCAUUAUAUCGUUCGUGUUGUUUUCUUAAUCCUUGUUUCUUUAAUCAGGAUUGUGCAUUCAUGACGGGAACACUGGAAGCUGGGAGUAAUGAGUCGGAUGAGUCUGUUGAGGCAUGGUGGGAGAGAUUUUUAAAGCAAAAGCUUGCUGAUGAUGAGUUAGAUGUAGAGCUCCGGUCUGCAUGGGAGAACUGUGUUCAGAGACGAGCUAAAUUUGCUCAAGAAGUCAAACGAAUAAUGGAGUUAUAUCAACCAAUAGAGAAGUUACUUAACUCUACACUUAAAUCCGAUCGUGAACAACGAGGUCAAAGUCUCUAUAGAGAAUGGGGUAAAAUACGUCGUAAAGAAUGCCUUCUAGCUUAUUAUGAUAACGAUACAUUUCGUGCCACUUAUACUCGACAACGUUAUAUAAAUAGUUCUACAAGUUUCCUUCAGGCUUUAGUCUAUCGAAUUAUACCGGAAAAUCCAGACGUUGAAGUUUAUUUACGGGAUCAUGUUAGUCGUAUUAUUAGUAUUGGUGUUGGUCCCGGGCCAGAUAUAGCUGCUUAUUUGGCAUAUGCACGUUGUCGUGGCUUCACUCAACGUAUUAUUUAUUUUGCCAUUGAUCAAUGUGCUGGAUGGGGCAAUUAUCUAGCUGCUUUUGAUCGUCAAUGGUCAUCUGAAUAUCAAGUGUCUGUUUGGUUUAAAAGUUCACGUUUUAAUAAUCGGGAUGAUGUAGAGACACUACCAGAUGCAGACAUGGUAGUAUUUAGUUUUGCUAAUACAGCUCUUAUGGCUAGUACUAUUUGGCCGUUGUUACAACAGCGUUAUCGAUUCAUCAUUGUUUUAGAUGGAAUUAAGGAGGUUGUUGUUGAUAGUUUCUUGAAUGCUGGAUUUAAAGAUAUUACUCUUACUGAACGAACAAAAGUGUAUUAUCAUUUUAAUGGAAUCCUUCCACUUGAAUCAUCUACAACAUUAGAUCAUGUACUAUGCAGUUAAAUUGUAUUCUUCCUCCUAUUUUUUUUCCACGAUUUCUCAUUGCUUUUAUACACAUUAUUUUGUAUGAUAGUUUUAAACAAAACAACUAUUCCCUUUUCUUUUUCUUUUUUUUUGUUGUUGUUGAAAUCUCAUAGUUCUCUCCUCUUUUUCUAUCUAUUUGAUAUUUUUACGUUUAUCAUCGAGAUAUUGAAAUCUUAACUAUGGUACAACAGAGACCGCUGUACACAUCUAUAUUUUGAUUCAUAACUUUAUGUAUAUAUAAGUAUAGAUGAUUUGUGAA